CAAACACUCUCUUUCAGUCUCCACCAUUUCAGUUCUAAAUAACUGUCAGUUUUAUUUAUUUAUUUUCAUCCAUUUUUUAUUUUCCCUUCAGCUUUUCAACUCUUGCAUUAUCUUGAUUAAAACAAGAAGAUGUCAAAAGGCGGCGCGUUGGAUCUCGCUUCCGGUGUCGGCGGCAAGAUUGAUAAAGACGAUGUUCUCUCCGCCGUCGACAAGUAUGAGAAGUAUCAUGUCUAUUAUGGAGGCGCAGAGGAAGAGAGAAAAGCAAACUACACUGACAUGGUUAAUAAGUACUAUGAUCUAGUUACGAGCUUCUAUGAGUUUGGCUGGGGAGAAUCUUUCCAUUUUGCACACAGAUUUAAAGGUGAAUCUCUUCGAGAAAGCAUCAAACGACAUGAACACUUCCUUGCUUUACAGCUUGGCCUGAAGCCUGGACAGAAGGUGUUGGAUGUUGGAUGUGGAAUUGGUGGACCACUAAGAGAAAUUUCUCGUUUCAGUUCGACAUCAGUAACAGGGUUGAACAACAAUGAAUAUCAGAUAGCAAGAGGAAAGGAAUUAAAUCGCGUUGCAGGAGUGGAUAAGACCUGUGAUUUUGUGAAGGCCGACUUCAUGAAAAUGCCAUUUCCUGCCAAUAGUUUUGAUGCUGUCUAUGCAAUUGAAGCUACUUGCCAUGCACCAGAUGCAUAUGGAGUCUACAGUGAGAUUUACAGAGUAUUGAAGCCUGGGCAAUCUUUUGUUGCAUAUGAAUGGUGCAUGACUGACAAUUUUGAUCCCAACAACCAAGAACAUCAGAAAAUUAAGGCGGAGAUUGAAAUAGGUGAUGGCCUUCCAGAUAUUAGGGUAACCGGACAAUGCAUUGAAGCUCUGAAAAAGGCUGGUUUCAAUGUUAUAUGGUCCAGUGAUUUGGCAGUAAGCUCACCCGUGCCAUGGUACUUGCCUUUGAACGCAAGUCAUUUUUCACUCACCGGUUUUAGGUUAACACCAAUUGGAAAAUUCUUUACUAGAAACAUGGUGAAGGUAUUAGAAUUUACAGGACUUGCUCCAAAGGGAAGUGAAAGAGUUCAAAAUUUUCUUGAGAAGGCUGCAGAUGGACUGGUUGAAGGUGGAAGGAAGGAGAUCUUCACACCAAUGUUUUUCUUCUUAGCUCAAAAACCGCAUUCAGAGAACCAGUAAGCCUCAAAUCAAGUUAAUUAGCAUGGUGCUUUAUUUAGUGAAUCUUCCGGGCAGUCUCUACUGGGUCAAUACGUAUCUGAUUACUAGAACAAAAAUAGGCAGCUGCUUUAGUGCUUUUGUUUUUCGCAUCUGUGUUUAAUUUCUAGAGUUGGUUUUGUUUGAACCUUUCGCUAUUUGCUUGAUUAAUUUAGUUCCGUCAAACAGCUUUCUCGUGUUGGUUUCUUAAGUAAUCUAAAAAGAUAAUAGAUUUCCUUUCCAAGUAGUUGGCAUUUUUGUCUGGAUUUUAUGUAGGAUCCUUUCCUUUAUCUUGUAAUGUUAAAUAUUUGUUAGCUUUC